CGACACACGAGGUUACGAGGAAUCGCGAGGAGCCGCGAGGAGCCGCGAGGACUCGCGAGAGGCACACGGCCGCGCACGCGACGAGGAGGGAUCGUGACCAGGACAACUGGAUAAAACUACUGACGAAAAAAGGCACCGGGCGAAGAGGAGGAUCCGGUGGAUUUUCCAUCGUCGCCGUCGUCGGCGAUCGCGCCAAGACGAAGUAAAUUUGAUCUCUCCUCUCAAUCGAGUGCACUCAGUGCACUGAGGGAUCGAUCCUCGGCGAUCGCGCGCGAGGACGACAUCUGUCAAAAGUGUCAAAUUCGAAGCGAAGGGGAACGAGAUAUGGUGUACGGAGGAGGAUUCGAUAUGGUGGAGACGAUGCCGCAGACGGUGCCGACCGCGGCCGGCUACUCGCCGUCAUUCGACUACAGUACUUUUCAAUUCGAUUUGUCUCUCCUGCCGGACGAUUACAGCCCAACCGGCGCGGGCGGCCAGGCCUGUUUGAAAAGUUCGCAGAUCAAGCAGGAGGCACGUUCGCCACGCUCGGGAUCUCCCACGAUCUACCAGAGCCCACCGUAUCCGACCGGCGAGUUGCCCUUGUCGCCUAACUAUUCGCAUGAGGGUUCCUCGCCGGGAUAUCCGACGAGCCCCUAUUACGUACCCAGGAGCCCUCAGAGCGCCCAGUUUUAUCCUACCAGCCCGGAACCGUCUGCCAAGCAAACGGUCAAGAGGGAGAAGAGCCUCGACCUUUUGGCUAUUCUUCAGGAAUCCAGACUCUUAGCCGAGAGUCUGGGUUACCGUGAGGACUCAACCGACUGUACAGUGCCCUGUACUCCGCCUCGAAGCGAGGAGGAUAUCUAUAACAGUCUCGACGCCGAUUUCCUACCGAAGAAGGAAAACACUGGCGUGCAGGGACAUCCGUUAUUGAAAGAAAUCCUUUUCAAGGAGGAACCGCGAUCCGUUUCUAGCAACAACGGUUCGUCGCCAUCUUCCUCUUUGUCCUCCUCUUCAUCUUCGCCCAGUCCCUCGAGCGAAUUUGAGGGUAGUUCAGCGUUGCACGAACUCCUCUUCAAGGGCGCCGCCCUUCGUAAGGACCUUGUGGUAAUUUCCAAGACGAGUCAGCUUAAGGUGGAACGAGGAUCGCGAGAAGAACUGGUGAAUCCAUUGCGAAAGGAGGAAGAACUUUUCAAGGACGGCCAGAAAAGCGAUCAUCAGCUGCUGCGAGAAGUACUGAGGGAUACUAGCUUCCAGAGGAAGUACAAUCUAAGACCUGUCGAUCUCGGCGGCGUCGGCACUGGUUUCGUCGAGGACAUGGAGACCGGCGAAUGCGUCGGCGACCUCGCCCGCGAACAGCUCGAGCCCGUCCUCAGUCUGGCUAUUCAGCAACUACAGAAGGACUUUGACAAUACCUGCGUGGCGCUCGGUAUUCACCCAGAGCCCAGACGCUGGAGCGCAGCGGAUGUGGCGGCUUGGGUACAAUGGGCCAGGCGGCAAUUGCAAUUGCCUUCGGUACCUAUGGAGAGCUUCAACGUGGAUGGCGCGACGCUGGCCUCCCUCACAGAAGAAGAAUUCUGCCGGAGAGCUCCUCAGUGCGGGAGCAUGCUGCACGCACAGUUGGAGAUCUGGAAGGCCGCCGUCGAGGAAUCACCACGAAACACUCUAGCCGCUUCCUGGAGUCCCACGGGAGUAGUUCAGUCUCCAAACAGCGCCGUGACAGCUCCGACUGUUGGAAAUACAAUAGUUGGCCUCAAGAAAUCUUCCUGCACUAUUGAUUUCUCAGAUGACGAGGAUGAGGAUUGCGCUUCCGCUCAGAGCAGCGGGAACGACGACAACGGCGGCGCAGGCGGUAAGAUCCAGAGUCCGGACGUUCACGGCUCCUGCAUACGUUGGCUGGAUCGCAACAAGGGAGUCUUCAAGAUCGAAGACUCGGUGCGCGUCGCGCGACUCUGGGGCAAGCGAAAGAAUCGGCCCGCGAUGAACUAUGACAAGCUCAGCCGCAGCAUUCGACAAUACUACAAGAAGGGCAUCAUGAAGAAGACGGAGCGUAGCCAGAGACUGGUAUACCAGUUCUGUCAUCCUUAUUGUCUAUAAGGAAGAUUCCUCCGUCUCUCUUUCUCUCUCUCUCUCUCUCUCUCUCUCUCUCUCUUCGCCUUCCGCGUUUUCUUUUUCCCACUUCUCCUUUCUCGUAUCUACGAGUCCUCUCCAAUCUCUUUUCCUUUGUGCGAGUAGGCGCACGUGGUGGUCUGGAGCGAGUGACCUCAACAAGAGCCCACCAGCACAAAGAUUAAAAGGUAAAAAAAGAAAAAAAACGAAAUGAUCCGCCAUGCUCGAUAUUAUCCCGACAAUAAGAGCGAGCUAUGGUCGGGUCCGCUUAGUACGCCCGUUUUGGGCGAUCACUUUCGCCUUAUGUUCAUUCCCUUUUUUUUCCCAUUUCCCUUUCACUUUCCCUCUCUGUCUCCUGUGUGUACGUACUUACGUCUUCGCGUUUUCUUUUUCUUUUUUUUUUUUAUUAAUAAUAUUGUAUAUGUAUAAGCACGCGAUUUUCUACCGGGUCGGUCUUUCGUUUCGACGAAGCUCUUGUCGCGAGGUGAAGACGCGAGCGGGUGGAAAUUUGCCAGAGAAAAGGGAAGAAAUGACUCUUUCCUCUCUAUUCUCACAAUCGCUUGUCGGCACCAGUUCGUCGGAUCCUCGAGCUGUCUAAUAAUGUACGCGAUACGUCCACGGGACACCACACUCAGCGCGCGGAACUAUUCGUCGCAACUUGAUUCCGCCGAUUUUUCUCGAUAUGAUAACGAACGGAGAUUGAAAUUGUCUCGGGAGAUAAUCUAUUUUUUAUACGAAAAAAAUUUUUCUAAUCGUGCACGCGCCAUGACUUCGUCGUUCUUCCCUACUGUGUCGCAAACGAGCGAAAAUAUCAGGGUUGCUACAAAACUGCUGUUGCUGGAAAUAUCAGGAGCAUUGAAAACGGUUAGGAAAAUUAAGGAAAAGUCAAGGAAUUUUGCAAAAUUUUCUGGAAAAUUUUCUUAAAAUUUUUGACGGAUUUUUAAAGGAGUUUAUACGUACACGCAGAAAAAUGUUUGAUUGAAUCAACUGGAAUUCUGAUGGAAAAUGAGCAAUCCUGAAUUUAAGUCUACUAGACUCUGGUUAUCUCAAUUAGAAUUCUAGUCGAUUUAACCAGAAAUCUGGCAGAAUUUUAGCUUGUUCAUUUUCUACUGGAAUUCCAGUUAAUUCAACCAAACAUUUUUCUCCGUGUACACCACACCUACGCAGUUUUGGAAUACUAUCGACUUAACAAAAAAAAUGCAAGCCAUAAACUUCAUCAGUAACUUUAAUAACAAUUUACAUUGCUACGUUAAAUUGAUUUCUCAACAAAAUGUGUGUUACGAUUUUAACGAUUUCAAAAUCAGGACGAAAAUGCAAAACAAAAGAAAUUGAAAAUAUUAUUAAAUUCAAAACAUCAAGAAAAAAAUCAUGAAAUUUUCUCCAGGAGACAUAAUGGAAUUUUAGAACGAGGAAUUUGUAACAAUCCUGAAAUACGGAACAAAGAAGAAACGAAACGUCAAUUUGCAGGUGCAGUAUAGCGUAAUGUCGCGUGUAUCUGACGGAAGAUGAAAAUAUCUUCGUCGAAAUAAUCAUUACCUGCUCGCGACGGGAUGAGGUUAAUUAUAUUUUUGCACAUUUUACGACCUCUAACACGCGCAAGUUUCGCGGAAAUAUUUUUACGCGCGCGCGAAGGUGUUUAUUAAGUUGUCGAGAGUGCCUUAGACGCGUGCGGUGGGAAUCGCGAUAAUGAAAGACGCGCCGCGUUCAAGCCGCGAGGAUUUCUGAUCGGAUCACGGACGAUGGUCAUCACGAGAAAUUUCGCGCCCGCGAUCGACGACCGCCUCAUAGACAGAUCGAUCGAGUGGGCUUUCCGUUCGAGAGAACGGCGGGAGAAAGAGAACAAUUAUACGGCGAUCGCUGUUGCGCUCGAGGCGUCUCAGACGCACGGCUGGUGCUGGUGAUUUUGGUCCCAUAUAUCUAUGAUAUAUUAAAUAUUGUAUGUUCCAUGAACGAUUAGGAUUUAAGAUUUAGGUGCGUAAGUGUGUAUCGGGAACUCACGUGAGUCACCCUUAAGUUACUCCAAGAGAUUUUUUUUUUUUCCUCUUUUCUAAGGAGAACAAGAAUGUAAUAUUGACCGAAAUAUGGAAAAAAAUAGCAUUGAUUUGGUCAAUAAUCGGUCAAUAUGACGUCAAAUUGACCGAUUAUUUGGACUUUCUUGUUCUCCUUGAAUUUUUUUCUCUUCUCACGUUUUCUUUUCUUGCUGCAACGUCCACGCCGCGCGAUCGCGAUUGCAAUGUCGAUCGCAUCGAUUGUUUAUGCUUGUAAUUCAUAAGUGGCUUUCAUGCAUUUCUAUGUUAUUCAUCCUUUUUUAUCCUUUAUUUCUUUAAUAGUAAGUUUAGAUUAAUUUUCAGAUUAAUUGAAAUUUCAUUCACUCUUCCGCGCAAAUUAUCGGGAAAUU